ACUUGGAUAUACUUAAAACUGAGAAAAUAUUACAAUAUUGGGACAAAAAAAUUCCAGCGCAAGAGAUUAAAGCAGCUAAAGACAAACGAACCCUAUGAUUAUAGAAAUUAUCUGCGUAUAGACUCUGCUUUUUAUUACCUUGUUGAAUAAAAUUUGCCCAAGAAUUGAGAAAAAGCUACUAAAACUACGAAGAAAUAAUAAAUUAAAUAUCGCGAAAAAAAAAAAAAAAAAAAUGGGCAAAAAGAUGGUUAAUCCAGAGAAAUAAAAAUCGAGAUACAGGGGACUCGAAGAUCGAUAAUUUUCCUCUUGGUUACACUAAAAAAAAAAAGGGAAAGAAACUAUCGAAACAAGGUGUGUGUUACGAGGCAGAAUCGCGAGCAGAGCGAGAUCGCAACCGGAUCGUUAAGGGAGGGGAGCCGAAAAGUGGACGGUGGCCGCGGAGGUGAUCGAACUCGAGGGCGCAAGAACGAAAAACCGCGUCUCUCUCGGAGCGUGUGCACGGGAGCGCGCGAGAACCGGAAACAUGAAGAACGCUCACCCGCUUGUAACAGCCGCGCCGUCGUCGUCGUCGUCGUCGUCGUGCCUGGUCGAUCGAGAUUCUUCGUCGUCGAGCGAGCCGGCGGAACCGAUCAUCAGACUGAGGCUGGACAAGCCGCUUCACUGGGAGUGGGAGCUGACCACGUCCGCGGACACGCUUCCUGUCAUCCAGCUGUUGGACAAGGACGGCCGGCUUCUAGUCGAGACGACUGGUCGGACGGCGCAGCGGGCCAGAGGCUCGUUUCGCGAGGGCCUGAGAACGCGCGAGGAGUUUCCAACAACCGGUGGUCCAUCCGCCGCCGCCUCCGCGUCCUUCUCGUCCACAUCCACGCCCUCGACGGUCGUGCUUCCUGCCCCGGGCAACAGGAACGCGGACGGGUUCAGCACGAAGUUCGGCGCGGUUCGGUUUGGCUACGAGCCGCGGAAGUCGAAGAGCGACGUGACGGUGAAAGAGAAGAGAAAAAAGAGGCGGGACAGGCAUUCCUCCGGCGGCUCGGAGCGAGAAGGCGAGGAGAGGGCGAGCUCGGGAAGAAAAUACUCCGUGGGGGAUUACCUGCGACGGCAGAUCAUCGACGAUCUAACGAACGAGUGCUACGACGCUCGACGAAGUCCCGAGGAACUGGCGAGGGAGAGAUGCAGGAAGGUGAAGUGUUACCUGAGGAGUCGCAGCGAGACGCUGCCGCGAUUGGUCCACGUGGAGGAAGAGGAGCCUGACAGGAACACGAGACCGAGCGUCGACACGAACGACGAGGAUCGGAUUCGCAGCGAGAGGAUCAAAGACGGUUUGACUCGUCUGAGGGAGGCGAUCAGGGAGAAGAACGUGAGGAGAACGAGAGGCGACGCACUCGACGGAACUUUCCAGCCGGUUCCGGGCGACGCGAACGUCGGAAAUUGCAGGCGGAUCGGGAACGACGAGCUGGAAAGGGUGAGAUCGUUCUUGAGAACGAAAAUUCAAGAGAGGAUGGAGCUGGAACGGUGCAACGUCUCACCGGCUUGGCCGAAAGGCGUCGGAAUUCAGAAGAGGUACUCGGAUUGCAGACGGCCGGAGGAUCCGCGAGGUUAUCGUACUCGAAAGGUGCGCAGCGAGACGAGCAUCGUCAGGUUCGAUCCGGAGAUUCUUGAGAAGGACAGGCAGAAAGGGAGCGGCGGCGGGAGGCAGGUCGAGAGGGAGAGAUGCCCGAGAGCCGGCAGGUCGCGUUCCAAGGAUUCGUUCGGGCAAAAAGCGUGCCGCCGUUCCAGGAGCGAGACGAUCCUCGAGGCCGCGGAAACGAGUGCGACGAAUCGCAGUGGCCGGCCGUGGGCCGAAACGCGGGACACCGCGGAGAAACGGAAGCUCUACCGAAAAACCAGGAGCGACGUGCUGCUGGGCCAGAUGGCCGGCAGCCUGGACUCGGAGCAGGAGAACCCGCCGAGGCGUGCCAGCAGCCAGGACACCGUCGACGAGUCCUGGCGCGAGUACAAGGAGAGGAAGAAGCACGAGAGGCUGCGUCGCGAGUCCGAAACGGCCAGAGAGGUGAAGGAGGAGGACUUUAUGAGCAAACCGCGGUGGAAGGAUCUUCGGACAGCUCUGUGCUCCGUCACCGGCAACUGCCGAGUCUGUCAGAAUCUGCAGGAUUGCGUGAACGUUUCGUCGAACCAGCGGAACUCGGAGGAUUCGUGCGCUUCCGGUGCCUCGAACGACACCGUCAACGAGAGACCGAGCACCAGUUUACAGGAGAACUACCUGGUCGUCGAUAGGAAGCCCGUCGAGGACGCCGCGAACGUUCGAGAGAGCAGUCACGAUACCAACGACUCGUCCAACGUGAAUUCCCCGGACUGCGGUUACAGCACGAUUCCCAAGAAGACGUUCAACGAUUACAAGGAACUGUACGCACGGUCGAACGUGAAGAAGAGCGACACGUUUAAGAUCGUGGACGGUAGCGAGGAGCUACCUUCGUUGGAGGAAGACACGCAGGAGCGAAGCGAAGAUUCGAACCACGAUGGCGAGUCUGUCGAUCGUUUCGACUGCACGAGCCAACACGGUGGCGUGUUGACGAAUAAGUCGAACGAGGACAUCGCCAGGGAUUACUUCAACAGAGUGUACGAGCUGCUGAAGAGGAGGCAGGAGGAGGCGAGGAAGAUGGCGGAGAAACAGGAAAUGGCCGGCUGCGACGAUUCCUCGUCGUCUAAUUACACGGAGAAAGUGCAAAAGAGAAGGCUGCGCCGCAAGAAAAAGGAACGGGACACGCAAGUUCGUCCUACAGCGUUAAGUGACGUCCACAGAAGUCCAGAGGCCGAAGAAUCGAACAGAAGUUGAAACUUUUGUGUACCCUUUUACCGAGAGCAGUGAUCCCAAAAGACUUUGGAACGGAGGAGACAAUUACCUCCAUUUCUCAAUUUACGUGGAGUAUCCAUCGGUUUUCGUAAUGAAAAUCGUGUAAAUAGAAUCUAUCAGUACGAAAGAAA